AUAAUUUCAGGUGUCGAGGCUCUAAAAAUGAGACAAAUUUAUUCUUUUAAAGGCAAAGCCUUUUUUUUUGAAUGGAUAUCAAGUCCUAAAGGGUUUAGAGCUAUAGAAAAUGGAUUUCGAAAUGAAAGUGAGAACACAGAUUGUUGUCUUUGAGGAAUAUGUCGCAGUCUUUCUUGUCGUGGUGUUGUCCGGAUAGACUCGAAUGGCCCUCUACCUGCAGACGUUACUACAAUACGCCGCGUGGCUUGGAUUUGUGCUAGCAAGAUGAUUACUUCAGCACAUUUAGAAUCUAACAGCUCAGUUCAUCCUACUACCGACAAGCCAUUGGAUAUAGAUAUCCCUCAAGCUUCGAGCAUCAUCCUCACGACGCUAUCCAGUCUGCUUUUUCUGCUCGCAUGUGUAUUGCUUUGCGGUUAUCACUGCAAACGAACCGGCCGUGGGGUCAUCGAGACAAAGCUUGGGACAGUAAUAUUUUUCCUCGGCGCCUUGCUCACUACUAUCACCACGCUAGGGUGCUACCAGGCGGAGGAUAUCUACGGGACAUACAGGCUAGUUUUGGCUUGCUGCAUUGGCAUUGGUGUUCUAAUGAUAGGGAACAUAAUUAUGUUUGAAAGUCCCACUCCGGAUAGAAUCAUUGAUGACUAUGGGCGGCCAUUGAUCCCCGUGGGGCAUACCCAUGGGAGUAUGGGUAUAGUUGUGUGGGUCGUUACGUUACCACUAUGUGUACUUGAGAUGUUCUUUGCCAUUGGAGCCGCGACCAAGUCGCCCAAGCCUGUCUAUGCUGCCAUAGAAUUUGUAUGUCUGACUCAGAAGAUAAUUCAAGCAGCAGUAUACCAUUUCAGUCUUCGCCACAAGGUCCCUAUGCCUCUGGCUCGCAUGGGGUGCUCAUGGUACUUGAAGACCAUCUCACUUUUUAACUUUGCAUUCUGGGUGGAUUCAAUUAUAACCACAAACUCGGACAAUGAAUUUGUGGAAAAGUUGUUUGGAAGUGGAUUUUCUAUUGUCAAAGCAGCAUACAAUGCUUUGAUCAUAGAUUAUAGACUUUUAUGUUGCUUGCUGUUCCUUGAGCAUGCACUAGAAAUGGAAGACGUCAGAGAUACGCGUGGGGACACGCCUUAUGAGCCCUUGGAUGACUCGACGUCUCACAACAGACAACAUCAGCAGCUAAGGCAGCCCGUCAACGUCCAGGUGGUUCAUUACUCUGGAUAUGGCUAUAUUAUUGGCAUUGGAUGCAUCGCACUACAGCUAGUUAACGGCUUGCAAUACCUUAACUUUGUUGGUGACUGGUCCAAUGUUUUGCCCAUUGUUUCUGAUGUCAUUGUCAUUUUUUUUGGGAUGAUCUUGGUCAGUGGCAGCAAUGGUUCAGAGCUCAUGACAGGAAAGUGGAGAGAGACUGAGUCAAAAGCCAUUGAUGUGAUGGUGGGUUUUAUGGGAGCUGUUGGGUUCGUAUUCUGGUUCAUGAAGUCCCUAUUUUGCCUACUAUGGAGCUACCGGUACUCUUCUCGUCGCCAUGCUGAAGACAUAAAGAUGCAGUACUACCUGGCAUGGACCACAGCCAAGGACUUCUUUCGUGCUGUCGGAAUGCUAUUCCAAAUGCACUUCUUUGUCAAGAUGGGUCCCCACUUCUGUGCUGAGCCUCGUAACCAACAUCGCCGCAGCUGUCACCUUCUAGUGCCUGCCAUCAUGCUUGCCCUACUGUCAAUCUUCCUUAGCUCUGUUAUUGACCAGUACAAUGGAAAAGUUGAGCACUUGAUCCAGGAUGCACACUUAGAUCCCGCAGUCAUGGCAUUUUUUGAAGCCGCUGCACCGAUCCAUCUGGGGUUCUGCCUGCAUAUGUUUCUGCAUUUCUUUAUCAUCAAGCGCAAGAUGAGUGAGCUGGAGUAUGUUCAUCCAGGCCAUAGCUUUAGGAUUGAUCAUGUGACAUCAUCUGUGGCAGGUGAUGAUAAUAAAGAUGAAAAUGAGAACAAUGAAAGGCAGCCUCUGGUACCUGGCGAUGCCCCUUUACCUACAAUUCAUACUGUGCAUUAGGGAUGGCAAACGACUGAGCAUUAUGAUAAAACUGAAUUGUAACAUGUAAAAAAAUGUGAUUGAGAAUAUUACCCAUACAAUGUUAUAUAACACUGUCAAUAUAUGGGACCUGAGUCAUAAUAUUUUGAUUAUGGUCAGGUAUUGUUAUAUUGUGGUCCACUCUAGUCCAGUAUUUGAACUUGGUGAACUCAAUGGAAUUUGGCGGUGCUCAAAGGAAAGUCCAGAAACAUGUUCAGGUGAGAGGUGAGUUCAGGCACUGGAAAAUUACAGCAUAUGAUAGGAUGCAAAAUAGAAAUACAGAAUUAUUUCUAAUGAUUGACAAUAUUUCAGAAUGAUAAAAUACUGCAUGAGUGUUGCAAGUUUUAGUUCUUAUAACAGUAAUAAUCUAAAGUAAAUUUUUUUUACAUUGAAAAUAAAAUCUACCAAUUAUAGACU